GAAGAAAGCAAACGAGAGGAGAAAGUGGAAGCAAGUGAGUGUCAGUGAAAAAAGGCAGUCUGACUGCACAGAAAAGGCGCUCUGCAAACAGCGUGCACUCAUUGAGUCAGUUAUAUUCUGAACACGGAGAGCUGGUGCAUUUAAGCUCAAGAAAACAGUUUUUCAGUGCAGAGAGACAGCACAGAGACAGAAAAGGAAGUAGUGAAAAGAGAAGAGAAGAAGAGUGGAGAGGUUCUUUGUGGAGAGAUGGACUCAGAUUCUGGGGAUCAGAGUGAAGGAGAGAUCUCUCCAGGGCAAGAGAGCUUCAACUCCAAGAGUUUGGCCCUUCAGGCACAAAAGAAGAUCUUAAGUAAAAUGGCCACCAUGGCCGUGGCAAACCUUCUCACGGAUGAUACCAGCAGUGAGAUUCUGGACGAACUCUACAAGGCCAGCCGUGAAUACACCAAGAGCAAGAAAGAAGCCCACAAGAUCAUUAAAGAUGUCAUCAAGAUCGCCCUAAAGAUUGGCAUUCUCUAUCGAAACCACCAGUUCAGUACUGACGAGAUGGAGACCGUCGAACGCUUCAAAAAGAAGAUGAACCAGGCUGCCAUGACAGUGGUGAGCUUUUAUGAGGUGGAGUACACAUUCGAUCGUGGCAUUCUUUCUGAGCUGCUGAUGGAAUGUAGGGACCUUCUCCAUGAGCUGGUGGAGCACCAUUUGACCAUGCGCUCCCACGCAAGGAUCGACCAUGUUUUCAACCAUUUCGCAGAUGUGGAUUUCCUGACCGAGCUGUACGGCCCGUCUGAAGAGUACAGACUUAACCUGAGGAAGAUCUGUGAUGGGGUAAACAAACUCCUAGAUGAGGGCACACUUUAACAUCCAGUUCGCAGUUUGUUGGAUGAGACUCCAUCAUGCUACUUGGAUUAGAACUGCAGGAUUUUACGCAACUUGUGUUCUUUGGUUUUUGUUUGGAAUUUAGGCUCUCUAUGAUAACUUGAGGGGAUCAGAGUAUGUGAGCAGAGUGGAGCGGCAACAAUUUCUUCUCUGCGCUCCUAGCAUUCAAUAAUUACUCCGCUCUGGGUUUUGGGUUUCCCGCUCCUCGCUCUACUGAUCAGAAACACGGCUCUGCCUUCGCUACAUGACGAAAUUUGUGGCUAAAAUAUUUCACAAGCCUAUGUUUUGAAAUAUCUCAUAGUUCCAUUCAGAACUUAUAUUAAAUGAAUAAUAAAUACACAAUACUAGAAGAAUAGAUUUAACGUGGAUUAUUGGAACAAUUAGCCGGUCUAGAUUAAAUGACUAUUUAACUCAUUUGUCUGUGCAGCGUCUUUCUACUCAGAUGAAGCUGAGGGUUGUAGUUACUUCAGAAACAGAAAGAAUAUGCUUUAACUUUUCUGUUUUUAAGCUGAUAAAUCACAGGACAGCGUUGACAAUAAAUUUCUGCACUCCUGAAUGUUUAUAUGUGCUCACGAUCUGUACGUUAUGUGCAAGUUUGUGUGUUGUCUGCGCAUGUUCAACAGUGUAGCAGCACAUUAGUUAAGAGCGGAUAUUAACUACCUGUACAAUAAACAAUUUAAAACAUGAAUUCACCCAAUCAAUAUUGAGUAUCCACAUGCCACAAACAAAUAUGCCUGAUAUAUAAUCUCCCACACUCGUCUCGCCUUCAUUAUAAUCUUCACCUUCCUUCUGAUUUGAGUGAUAAACAUAUAUCACAGAGACGUCUAUUUGACAUCUGCAAGACAUAUUUUUUAGUGUGUUUGCUCAUCUGCAAUACAUCUAUAGGACAUUUCCUAUCAGAUGCCAAAUUGACGUUUAGAAGAUGUCUUUAAGAUGUUUAUGAUUUAGAAUGUAUGUAAAACUGACAUCUUGAUGUCUAUUCGAUAUCUGUACACAGCAGAUGCUUUCCAGAUGAAGCGAUCUUUAACAGACAUCUUGCAGAUGUAUGUGUGCUAUUUGGGAUAUCUGUCAAGCUAGCUAAUGAUGUUUAAUGCGUGAAUUCUUCAUAAAAUGCAGUUAUAUUAUGGGCUGUUGGCGUUAAAUGAGCUCGUGAUGGAGCGGUAGUGGAGCGCUCUCAGAGCGAGUGAAAACCACGAUGUUCUGACUUUCAAAAAAUCCACUCCUCCAGUCAAAAAUCAUGCCGCUCCACUACUCACUCCGCUCACAUACUCUGGUAGGGAUGGUCAACCAAAUGCAGAUUUAAAAUCUGUUUAAGUGAAGAACUUGAAUGAAUUGGUGUCCUGAAAACCUGUCCUUUGUGCUGAAUUGCAGGAAAGUUUGAAAUUAUGAGCUCCUUUACAUGCACUGUAUGAAAAUUUAUCUACCUAUCCUUUACAAAUCGCCUAGCAAUGCAACCCUAGCUUUCUUCUGUACAUCCAUAAGAAAAAGUGAAGAUGUCCAAUUAAUCUACUCGAAAGUUAAAGGGAUAUAGUUCAUUCCAAAAUUAACAUUCUGUCAUCAUUUUAUUAGAUCUCGUGAUGUUCCAACCCUGCAUGGCUUCAUUUUUAUUGUGGAACACGAAGGAGAUGUUUAGCAUAAUCUAUCGGGGUGUUCUAACAAAUUUUUAAACAACAAAAUUGGGUGCAAAUAAAUCAGUCAUGAAAGACGCAAAAAACAAUGUCAUUUGGCAUUACUGAUGGCAAACUAGACAGAAUGUUCUCACAACACAUUUGAAUGUGAAUCAAUGUGAAUGUGAACUGCUUUGAAUAUUAUUGUAGUUUUUGAAGCUUGACAGAGUCUGUCCCCAUUCACUUUCUUUGCACCACCUCUUGGAUUCUUCAGAAGAAAUAAAGUCAUGCAGGUUGAGAUAAGGGCAAGUAAAUGAAGAUGAAACUUACAUAUUUUUGGAUGAACUAUCCCUAAAACAAAAAUUGUGCAAAGCUUUACUGAACAGAGCAUACACCAAAAAUAAAUACAUAACUGAAGUGCAGCAGAAAGAUUGUAAAUAAACUUUGGGGUUUUGGUCCUCUGUCUUUUGCCUUUGUAAUGACUCAAUGUCACAGCAGCUACCAUGAUCCUGUGCUUAGUUUUUCCAGAUCCUGAUGUUUCAGAAUAUGUAAAUGUGUGUAUACGUACAUGCAGAAGAGAAAUGUGACUAUUCCAUAAGCCUGUUCAGUAACCCUAGAGUGUAGCACUAUUAUCUACCAUUAAACGAUCCAUAUGAA